AGGGGCUUUAAAUAGCGGCACGGCGGAGUCGCUCUUCAGUCGCGCUGAGGUUGGGAGUGGUUUGGAAGCUGCUGGAGGCCUUUGCUUGUCUUUGUGAUUCGAAGCGUUUCCUGCAGGAUGCCUGAACCGGCUAAGUCUGCGCCUGCCGCCAAGAAAGGCUCCAAGAAAGCCGUAACCAAGACCCAGAAGAAGGGCGACAAGAAGCGCCGCAAGAGCAGGAAGGAGAGCUACUCCAUCUACGUCUACAAGGUCCUCAAGCAGGUCCACCCGGACACCGGCAUCUCCUCCAAGGCCAUGGGUAUCAUGAACUCCUUUGUCAACGACAUCUUCGAGCGCAUCGCCGGCGAGGCUUCCCGCCUGGCCCACUACAACAAGCGCUCCACCAUCACCUCCCGCGAGAUCCAGACGGCCGUGCGUCUCCUGCUCCCCGGGGAGCUGGCCAAGCACGCCGUCUCCGAGGGCACCAAGGCCGUCACCAAGUACACCAGCUCCAAGUAAGCGGACUGUCGCUUCGCGAGGAGGUGGAGAAAAAAAGCAAAAAAAAAAAAAAAACCCGCAAAGGCUCUUUUCAGAGCCGCC